AUCACGAGCUCUUCCAAGCCAAUCUAUGGAGCUGCUGCGGCCCAUCCUGGGAAGAGAGCAGGAGCUGUGAAUGUAGACUUGUGGUGGAGCAGUGUCUAAAUGCCACAAAGGUGCAGCACUACACAAGGAAGGGUUUGUUAGAGUUGUCGGAUGAAGACUGGUUCAAGGAUGUGGCAUGAAGCUCGUAAACACGAGCGAAAGCUUCGGGGGAUGAUGGUGGACUACAAGAGACGGGCAGAACGUCGGAGGGAGUAUUAUGAGAAAAUUAAAAAAGACCCCGCCCAGUUCCUCCAGGUACAUGGAAGAUCCUGUAAAAUCCACCUUGAUUCUGCUGUUGCUCUUGCAGCUGAGAGUCCUGUUAAUAUGAUGCCAUGGCAAGGGGACCCCAAUAACAUGAUCGACCGAUUUGAUGUGCGAGCUCACCUUGAUUAUAUUCCAGAAUAUAAACCCCCUCUGCUAACAACAAUCUCAUCUGAACAAGAAUCUGAUGACCGUAAAUGUAAUUAUGAGCGGUAUCGAGGACUGGUUCAAAAUGACUUUGCUGGAAUUUCUGAAGAACAGUGCUUGUACCAGAUAUAUAUUGAUGAGCUGUAUGGGGGCUUAGAUCGGCCAGGAGAAGAAGAGAAGAAGAAGCUUUCAGAGAAGAAAGCUUCCAUAGGGUAUACCUAUGAAGACAGCACCGUUGAAGACCUUGGGGACUCCCCAGAGAAAGGGGAGGGUGAAGAUUCGGAUGAUGAGAGCAAGUCUGAUGAAGAUGAGAUUAUCCCAGACAUUGACGUGGAGGUUGACGUGGAUGAAAUCACAGAUGAACAAAUUGCUGAUCUGAAUAAACAAGCUACUACUUAUGGGAUGGCUGAAGGAGACUUUGUAAGAAUGCUUAGAAAAGAUAAAGAGGAGUCAGAAGCAAUUAAACAUGCGAAAGCUUUAGAAGAGGAAAAAGCUAUGUACUCUGGCAGGAGGUCUCGUCGUCAGAGGAGGGAAUUCAGAGAAAAACGCCUCAAAGGAAGAAAAAUUAGUCCACCUAGCUAUGCUCGAAGAGACAGUCCCACUUAUGAUCCUUAUAGGCGGUCCCAGUCAGACUCUUCCUCUGUUUCGUGUUCCCGAACCCCAAGCCCUGGACGCGAAGAAGCUAUUACAUUCAUUACCAGCUUUGGAGGCAGUGAAGAUGAGUCUGCAUCUGGUCCUGCAGCUCAGUCUUCUUCGGCCACAUCCAGCAAACGGCCCACGCACACACAUGGUUCUGGGACUUCUUCAGGUCGUAAAGAUGCCUCCCGAAGAAGGACGACUUCCUCGUCGUCUUCUUCUUCAUCGUCAUCAUCAGCUUCCUCAUCAAGAUCAAGAACAUAUUCUAGGUCUCGAUCCAGCUCCAGAUCUAGAAGAGUAGGCACCCGACGUAGGUCUGGGUCACACUCUCGUACCCGUAGGUACUCUCGCAGCCCUGUACGACGUCACACAGGAACAGGAGGUACAAGAGACAGCAAAAGAUAUUCUAGAUCCUUAUCUUCAGACAGAGACCGAGAUCGAUAUUAUGGAGGAAGGCGUAGAUCAAGAAGUCGAUCUCGAUCACCUGACCGUCAUGGUCGUGGGGGGAAAAGUGGUGGGCGACCACGGACCAGCAGUCAAAGCAGUUUGUCCAGGAGCCCAUCCCCAGGAAGGGAGAGGGGUGCAAGACGUGCUGUAUCCCCAGUACUUGGAGAGCGGUUGAAAAGGACUGAGCUUCCUGCUUGCAGAGAGAGCGGAGCAGCCAAAGCCAAGCUCACUCCACAAGAGAAGCUGAAACUCCGUAUGCAGAAAGCCCUGAACAAACAGUCCAAGGCGGAUAAAAAGGCAGCUCAAGAGAAGAUUAUUCAGCAGGAACAUACCCGACAGGAACGUGAAGAUGAACUAAGAGCAAUGGCAAGAAAGAUUCGAAUGAAGGAGCGAGAGCGCCGUGAGAGAGAACGCGAUGAAUGGGAAAGACAUUAUACACGCAGCAGGUCUCCUUCACCCCGACACAGCCGGGAAUACAGUUCAUCAAGGAGGUAAGAACAGAGAAUUGGGCUCUGCUAUUAAGAGUAACGGAGGUCUCAUUCACGUUCCAGAAGCCCCCACCAUCGCCAUUAACUCUGCAGGUCUGUUGUUUUGUACAACUGGGUACGAAUAAAAGUAAUUUUUGCGAGUCACUUUGGUACAUUCCAUGGGACGUAGUGUGGGAUGCGGCCAGAGGUUGAAAUAAAUGGCAGACCUGAAGAAUGUCUGAAUUUGCCUCUAGAUCUAACCGUUGUCUAAUCCUGAUAACAUUAUGGAUACUUUAUGUGGAUUAUGAAGCACUUCCUGGUCCAUAUCUGUUGUGUUCUUGUGGAGUUAUGGGACUGGUGUUUUUGAAUUGUACGAAAAUGGCUGAUUUUUUUUUUUUUUUUUUUUUUUUAGUUCUAGCUCUGUGUAUGAAUUUAAAUGACAACUGAAAACUCGUAUUGUAUUUUAUAAAUUAAAAUUAUUGUACCAGCCCAGAGGUUUAGAAACCUGCUAACGAUAAUAAACGUUACAACACCUUAUGCAAAGCAACUCCCCAUCUUCUGAUCUUGUUAGAGCAUCUUUUGAGUGUCCAUGAUACUGCACAUAGUGUGCUCUGAGUUGCCGUUGAGAAGCUACGCUUAGGAAUUGUCAAAUCAUCAAAACACUAGAAAGUGAGGUUUCAUGUGUCAUAGCAGCUGAUGAUAUGGUGAUGAUUAUUAAUCAAUUAGAAUGCAGAAUGUGCUGGUUUCUAAGCCGCCAAUGUGAUUUAUGUACUAAUCGGCCUUUUAUACACACUAGUUAUAUUAACGUUCAAUAUUUAAUAUAUUAUACGUUAAUCCAUAAUCUGAGGGAACUGAGUAGCACAAAGAUGUGCUGAAAGCCAUCAGAAAUAAAAUGAGGAGCUACUGGCGGUCAUCUAUGGAGGCACAGAUCUUCACUUCAAAAAGGCUGUGUCGGCCAUUGGCUGGUACAAAAGCCAAAACAUAAGGUGGAUGAUUAUGAACUUAAUUAUUUUUGAGUGUUACUUCUCAUUCAACUGUGAUUAACAUGCAAAAAAAUUGCUGUGUUGGAUUCUUUUGACUGUUUAAAAACUUGUGUAAGUAACCCCUGUAAUAACCUGUGUGUUUGCAAAAGAACACUGUUCUAAUUUUCACAUUUGAUUCAGUGUGGCUGGACUUAUCUUUAUCACAGGAAGGCUUUGUUUUACUUAGGCAAUGACUUUUUAAAGGGCUGUGGGCAGCCCUCCUCUUUAUGCCUGCAAAGACCACAGAAUGAUUGUGACAGCACAAAUGCCACAUUAUCUCCAUUAAUGUACAUGUAAAUAAAGCUUAUUUUGUUUCUUAAA